AUGUUUCGCGCUGCCUUUCGCUGUUCUCUUUUAAACGCAAAGAAGGAAGCCUUUGUUCGCGGUAAACCACAUCUUAUCAUUGGUACAAUUGGUCAUGUUGAUCAUGGUAAGACAACGUUGACAUCUGCCAUUACGACGGUUCUGGCGAAGGCAGGUAAGGCAAGAGCCCUCGACUAUUUUGCAAUCGACAAGUCUCCCGAGGAAAAGAGUCGAAAGAUUACCAUUAACGCUACACACGUGGAGUAUGAGUCGGAGAAGCGGCAUUAUGGUCACAUAGAUUGCCCGGGUCACAUGGACUUUGUGAAGAACAUGAUUACUGGUGCCGCGCAGAUGGAUGGUGGCAUCCUUGUCGUUGCCGCUAACGACGGCUGCAUGCCGCAAACUCGUGAGCAUUUGCUUAUUUGUUCACAGAUUGGUCUUCCUGCCCUUGUGGGCUUCAUUAACAAGUGUGAUCUUAUGCAGGGUCAAGAGGACAUGAUUGAGCUGGUGGAGAUGGAGUUGCGUGAGCUGUUGGAGAAGUACAAGUUUCCCGCUGAGGAAACACCACUUGUACGUGGCUCCGCCGUUAAGGCACUCGAGGGUGACACCGAUAGCGAAGCACGGAUCAUGGAGUUGGUAGCGAAGUGUGAUGAAUGGAUUCCUGACCCACCCCGUGCAACCGAGAAGCCAUUUCUAAUGCCUAUUGAGCACGUCUACGAAAUUGGAAAAGACAAGAAAUCUGUCAUUGUCACGGGCCGUGUUGAUCAGGGCCUCAUGAAGCUCGGUGCCGACGCUGAGCUCAGUGGCUUCAGUGCGAAGAAGCUAACCGUGAAAGUAACAGGUAUUGAAAUGUACCACAAGACACUGGAGGAGUGUAUGCCUGGCGAUUCUGUUGGCGCGAGCAUUUUGGGAACUGGUGAUACAACGACUUUGUCCAAGGACAACGUUGAGCGCGGCAUGGUCCUAUCGGCUCCAGGCGCCACUAAACUCUUUAACAAAGUGCGUGCACAAGUCUACGUACUUACUAAGGACGAGGGAGGGAGGCACACAGCUUUUAGUCCCCAUUACCGUCCACAGUUGUUUUUUCGCUGUGCCGAUGUCACGGCGGAUCUCAAUUUCCCCGAAAGUGAGCAGAAGGUUGCUGAGUUGAACAAAAAGUAUGGGAAGGACGCGGAUGAGCAAAAGAAGAAGGAUGCAGAGUUGAAGGAGUUCGAAAAGACACUCGUUUGCAUGCCCGGUGAUAGUCGCGAGUUGGUGCUGACACUUGCCUAUCCAAUGCCAAUGGAAAAGGGGUUGAAGUUUACCAUCCGCGAGGGGAAGAUCACUGUUGGCUGGGGCGCUGUAACGGAGUGCUUGGCUCUCGACCCGAAAGUUAACAUCGAGGGUGUCAAGCAAGUAAAGGCAGUAACGGGGAAGAGCAAGAAAAAGAAGUAA